AUGCCGCCUGCUCUACCCUCCACUCUGGAAGUCAGACCCAAAGAAGAAAAAGAGGUGCAGCACUUCCUGAAAGUAGACUCCUCCCCCACACCAGACUCCUCCCCCACAACAGACUCCACCCUCAAAGCAGACUCCUCCUCCAGACCAGACUCCUCCCCCACGACAGACUCCACUCUGAAAGCAGAAUCAUCCUUCAAACCAGACUCCUCCCCUACAACAGACUCCACCCUCAAAGCUGACUCCGCCUCCAAACCAGACUCAUCCUUGAAAAAAAAGGGCCCUUUAGCUCCUGCUGGCAGGAGUGGCAACCUCCAGCACAGAAAAGAUGAACUGAAGCCGGAGGACAGACAGAGGCUGGCGAAGGAGAGGAGGGAGGAAAGAGCCAGAUACCUUGAGCAGCGUAGCCAGCAGCAAGCGGCGAAGAGGGCGCAGUGGCUGGAGAAGGAGCGGCGCGCUCGGCAGCAGCGGGAGAGGCAGCUGGAGGAGCGCCGGAGGAAGCUGGAGGAGCAGAGAGUGCGGGCGGAGAGGAGGCGCGCCCUCCUGCAGGAGAAGGAGCGGCAGAGGCUGGAGAAGAACAAGGAGCGUUAUGAUGCUGCAAUGAGGAGGUCAGGCAAGAAGACAUGGGCCGAGAUCCGGCAGCUCAGGUGGUCUUGGGCUGGGGGCCUGAACCAGACGUCCGGCAGAGAGACCCGCAGCCUGCAGCUGAGUGCCAGGGAGAGCAGAAUCGUGGAGCGGCUGAUGACCCCCACCCUCUCCUUCCUGGCCAGGAGUCGCAGUACCACCCUGCUGAGCAGCACCAAGGACAGCCAUUCCUGCCUGCGCGCGGCCUCUGCCAGCCCCCUGACAGCCCACAACUGUGCCGGGCGGCGGAGGGUGUCUGCCAGCACGCCCGACAUCACCCAGCGCCAACGGAGGCAUGACGCUAUCCCGGUGGAGAAAAAGAAGAAGGAAAAGAAAGACAAGGAGAGAGAGAACGAGAGAGAGAAAGCCCUGGCGAAAGAGAAGGAGCUGAGACAGAGACAGCCUCUGAGGCAGAGAGCAGAACUCAGCUCUUCAGGGAGUGUAAAUCGGCUCACGUCACCCAUCACCCCCCGGAGCAGGCCCUCCUCCCCCAGCACGGCAGUCUCCCCCUCUGGCCCCAAGACACGCCCCAAGAGGUCCAAGACUCCUGCCAGGGUGCAGCCUCAAAAUGGCCUUCAAGUCCCUGUGGAGACAGUGUCACCACAGCAGGUCAACCAUGAGGAGACAACGGGCUCCAUGAACAUUCCCUCCAUUGUUGUGUGCUCUGAUGUCACCACACCCCCUUCGGUGAGCACCCCGGUCUCGCCAGCUGCCCCCUCUCCUCCGGUACCCGCCCCAGCCUCGGGUCCUAGGCCCACGGCCGGCACCACCGAUCCGGAGCAGGCGGCCCGGAGCCUGGCGGAGAAACGUCGGCAGGUCCGCGAGGAGCGGGAAAGAGAGGAGCAGGAGCGGCGUGAGCAGGAGGAAAGAGACCGGGUUUUGCGUGAGGAGCGUAAGGCGUGGGAGGUGGAGGAGAGGAGGUGCAGGGAGGAGGCAGCGCGGCAUGCGGCAGAGCAGCAGCAGAUUGCGGCGCAGCAGCUGGAGAAGGAGGCGCAGGAGGAGAGCAUACGGCUGCAGAGAAUGAAGGAUGAGGAGGCGGCCAAGGCACGGGAGGAGGCCGAGCGGCACCGGCAGGAGAGGAACAGGCACUUCCAGAAGGAAGAAGAGGAGCGCCAGGAGAGGAAGAAGCGCCUCGAGGAGAUUAUGAAGAGAACACGCAAGCCGGAAGGAGGGGAAAAGAAUGAUGCCAGGUGUCCAUCCACACCUCUGGUCGAUGGCAAAGACACCCAGAGAGAUGUGGGGAACAGUCAGACACCGACCGACAACAAACAGAUCCCAGGUACAACACAGUUUAACAAACCGGCAGAGAGCGUCCAAUCACCAGACGCCCUGAUAGAAAGUCCUGUGAUGAACGGGAUCUAUAUUGCCAACCACCACAAUGGCCUGUCUGACCUUGAGGAGAUCGUCCAGAUGACCAAUCACAACAGCAACAGCAGCAGCAGUAGCCAGAGGCAAGAGGCCAAGACCAUGAGUGGGAUUCCCAUUGACUCCAUUCCGUCCUUCGAGAAUGGGGAGUCCUUCCUGAUAAAAACGGGGUCACUGCAGGCCUAGCAUGUCACAGAGGUCCCCUGUGCCUCGAAAUACUGGAGGAACAGCCUUACACACCAGCAGAGGAGCAGAUUCAUCUCACAACCUCACACAGCUGAAAGAUGGAACUGUGCCAGAUGCUCUUUCACAUCCUGCAGAAUGAACUCUCAUUGCAAAAAAUAACUCUGCCCAAGAAGAAGAAAAUAUUCUUUGUGUCUUUCACCAGGUUUCAUGGUGCAGAACUGUUACAGCUUAUGGAAACAUUUUAUUUUGCACCUUAAAAUAAUGACAGCAUAAUCCAUUGUAGAGAGCCAGAAAACCUAUUUGAGAUAAUAUAUCAUUUUCAUUUACAUCAGUAUUAUUAUUACUGGACUUGUUAGUGACUAUGAGCUGGCCAGGAUGGUGCAUUGGUUAUGUUGUUGUAAGCAACUGAUGUCAUUUUAUUGGAAGAUAUGAAUAAGAAGUCAUGAAUAAUAUAAAUGACUGUUACUGUGUCAAAUGUUAAAGGAGAUGUUGGCUGUAGAAUAAAAGUCUCUCUGAAAGGGAGU